AUGGACGGUAACCUGUUGUCCUUCAUGCUGUUUGGGGUGGUGGUGUGGCUGGUGGUGGCUGUGUGGUACUGCUAUGCUCCCUGUGCUGGAAGAACCAGGGAGAGGAAACUCACAUGGAGAGUUCAGAGGUUACAUCCUGCUGAGAUCACGGACAUCCUGUGAGAACAUGACAGAAAAGGGGAAGAAUACCCGCUGGGGAGCCAGGCCCAGCCAGUCAGAAUGAGUUUUCCCCCACAAAAGUGCUUUAUUACAGACAGAAAUACUCCUCAGUUUCAUCAGCUGUCCGGGUGGCUGGUCUCAGAUGAUCCUGCAGGUGAAGAAGCUGGAUGUGGAGGUCCUGGGUUGGCGCAGUUUACACUGUGGUCUGCGGUUGUGAGGCCGGUUGGACGUACUGCCAAAUUGGAGGCAGCUUAUGGUAGAGAAAUUAACAUUAAAUUAUCUGGCAACAGCUCUGGUGGACAUUCCUGCAGUCAGCAUGCCAAUUGCACGCUCCCUCAAAAUUUGAGACAUCUGUGGCAUUGUGUUGUGUGACAAAACUGCACAUUUUAAAAUGGCCUUUUAUUGUCCCCAGCACAAGCUGCACCUGUGUAAUGAUCAUGCUGUUUAACCAGCUUCUUGAUAUGCCACACCUGUCAGGUGGAUGGAUUAUCUUGGCAAAGGAGAAAUGCUCACUAACAGGGAUGUAAACAAAUUUGUGCUACAAAUUUGAGAGAAAUAAGCAUUUUGUGCGUAUGGAACAUUUCUGGGAUCUUUUAUUUCAGCUCAUGAAAACAUGGGACCAACGCUUUACAUAUAUUUUUGUUCAGUAUAAUAUAUAUUUGUACAUAAAUAUGAAAAAUGUGAGGGGUAGUUUAGAAUAUUUUAUUUCAACGGUAUAUUACUGUUACCCACUGACAUUUUGAAUAACAGCACCUCUGUCAUGCUGAUCCUCAACACAGGGGACCCACAGGGGUGCGUGCGGAGCCCCUCCUGUACCCCCUGUUCCCCCCAUGACUGCGUGGCUACGCACGUCUCCAACUCAAUCAUCAAGUUUGCAGACGAUACAAAAGUGGUAGGCCUGACUACCAACAACAACGACACAGCCUACAGGGAGGAGGUGAGAGCCCUGGCGGAGUGGUGCCAGGCAAAAAACCUCUCCCUUAACGUCAACAAAAUGAAGGAGCUGAUCGUGAAAUACAGGAAACAGCAGAGAGAGCACGCCCCCAUCCACAUAGAUGGGGCCGCAGUGGAGAGGGUCAAAAGCUUCAAGUUCCUCUGCAUGCACAUCACUGAGGAACUGAAAUGGUCCCUCCACACAGACACCGACACCGUGGUGAAACAGGCGCAACGGCGCCACUUCAACCUCAGGAGGCUGAAGAAAUUCGGCUUGGCCCCUAAGAUCCUCGCAAACUUCUAUAGAUGCACAAUCGAGAGCAUUCUGUCAGGCUGUAUCACCGCCUGGUACGGCAACUGCAGUGCCCACAACCGCAGGGCUCUCCAGAGGGUGGUGCGGUCAUCCCAACGCAUCACAUUGCCUGCCCUCCAGGACAUCUACAGCACCCGGUGUCACAGGAAGGCCAAGAAGAUCAUCAAGGACCUCAGCCACCCGAGCCACGACCUGUUCACCCUGCUACCAUCUAGCAGGCAGAGACAGUACAGGUGCAUCAAAGCUGGAACAGAGACUGAAAAACAGCUUCCAUCUCCAGGCCAUCAGACUGUUAAACAGCCAUCACUAGUCCGCCUCUGGCCAGUAUCCUGCCCUGCACCUUAGAGACUGCUGCCAUAGGUGCAUAGUCACGUUUACAUGAACACUAAUAAUUCAAUAUUAAACUGAUUAUGGUAGUGGGCUGAGUAUGGCAAUAGUCGUGUAAACACUUUACUCUGCUUAUCUUAAUCGGCAUUAGGUCAAAAUCGAAGUAAGCAUACGCUGAUUAAAACACCUGGUUUUCUGAGCAAUCUUUCAAAUGAUUAGGGUGUGUAAACAGCUUCAUGGGCGUUCCAGUGUGUAUUUGAUCUGCGCAUGUGUCAGCAUCCUCCCUCUUAUUAAAGCUCUGCUACUCGACCCGACAUUAUACACAUCAGGUUAACUAGGGUACGGGCAGGACUCAGCUAAAUUGAUCACUAACAUUUUGAAGCUGAGCCAUUUGCUCGUGCUCAGCUGCACAGUACAGUCAUUACUGACUAAGAUCAUAACAUGGUGACAAAAGUGCUUCAACCUCGUCAAAUAUAAGACAGGAGAGAUUAUUUCACAGAAAAUAAUAAUGUUCCUUGCGUUUUGUCAGAGUUUAGAGUGACGAAAAGUAGCUAACAGCAAACUGCUUUCUCAUGUCUCUUCAUUGAGACCAUAUAUACCAUAUAACAAGGCCGUUGACUUGUUCAAACUAAAUCGUCCUUGACCUAACUCAAAAUUUGGGACACAAAGAGGAGCUAAGGAAACACUGUUCACUAAAUUUGGCAGAAGCAAUCGGGCCUGGGUAGGGUAUGGCCUGAACGUUGUGGGCAUGGGUAGGGUAUGGCCUGAACAUCGUGGGCAUGGGUAGGACUCUGGCUUAAAAGUCAUGUCUGUGCAGGUCUCUACCUGUUAUGUGCGAGUGAAGUAAGUUCGGAAAAAACUGAAUGUUUUUCCAUACAAACUUUAUAUGUCCGAACUUAAAAUCAAAUGGUCUUCGCAAAAAUAACAUGGUCGUUGUGGUAGAACGUUUAUUUUCAUUGCCGAUUUUCUGCAUUUAUUUAAGUCCCAUCAGUUAGCCUGAUUUCAGAUGUGUCCAUGUAAACAGGAUUAUUAGAGAAAUCGUUCUUCCUGCAAAGCAUGUAAACAUUUAAAAACAAACUAUUAUAUUAAUCUGACUAUCCAUAAUAAUCGUAUUGUGUGUGCAUAUAACCGUACUCAUUGAACAUUGGUCACUAAUAAUGUUUAUUGUUCUGAAAUCGUUUCUGUAGUUAGAUACAGAUAAUGUUAGCAUUCCUGCAACAUUAUUCUGUUGAAAUUAAAUUUGAUCUCUGAGAAAUUAAGCUAAUUAAUUACUCACUUGUACAUCCUGUAUUCUCGACAUAGCUGUCCUGUAUAACUACUGCUGUACAUAACUAUUUCUUCCUUAGGCUAUAUUGUCUAUACACACCACACAUUUAUAUAUAUUCCGGACUCUGACAUUGCUCGUUCUGAUAUUUCUUAAUUUCUUGUUUUUUCUUGGGAUUAUUUGUGUAUUAGUAUUGUACUGUUAGACAUUUACUGCACUGCUGGGGCUAGAAACACAAGCAUUUCGCUGCACCUGCUUUAACAUCUGCUAAUCUGUGUAAGCGACAAAUAAACGUUGAUUUGCAGUAGCAAAGUUGACUUUGGCAAGGUAAAAGUGUAGACUUGAGUUCCAGGAUCCGGUCGAGUAAAAGUUUUAAUACAAAGCUUUUCAGGAUACAGGUAGUCAUGUAAAAAUGCAAAGGCUAACAGCACCAGAGGCUAAAAUGGAUGGUGUAACAGCCAUAGUUGCCAACAGCAAAUGGCUACAAAGACAUAAUGGCCCAAGACUAGUCAUUCUGAAUUAUACAUUAUAUAUGAAACCAACUGAUACAUCUUUCAAUUGAACAAUGAGAACAGUGAGUCAUUUGCUACUUUGAGUACAGAUGGAUGUUCAGUCAGUUCAAGGUUGGAUUGUCACAAGUUGAGGCCUGUGUCAUUUGGGGCACAGAGAAUGAUGGAAAACACCUGUAUACUUUUAGACCAUUUGAAGUUGUGAGUAAUUAAGCAGGUUACUCAUGAUAUGAUUGUAAGCAAAGAUGUGUGAGGAUAUGACAUCUUGGUAAUCUGGGUCAGUCCCCCACACCUCCUUCCUUGUAUAGUAUGAUAACAACAUGCCUCAAGUAAACAGUAGAUAUUGCCUAGAUACAUCCUGAAUGUUUGUAAUACAGUCUGAAAUGAGCAUGGUAUCGGAGUAGGGCCACUGGGUGCUAUAAAGCUCCAGUGACAUCUACGAUUGACUUUUGUCUCCCCCAUAUACUUUGGACCACCACUGUGCUCCACUACUGUACAGCGCUCUUGUUGCUGGCCCUGCAUAAAUGUCGCAACCCACAUGGCUCCAGAGUAUCUAUAAAUCACUGCUAGGCAAAUCCCUGUCUUAUCUUAGCUCACUGGUCACCAUAGCAACACCCACCCGUAGUCUGCGCUCCAGCAGGUAUAUCUCACUGGUCAUCCCCAAAGCCAACACCUCCUUUAGCCGCCAUUCCUUCCAGUUCUCUGCUGCCAUGACUGGAACGAACUGCAAAAAUCUCUGAAGCUGGAGACUCUUAUCUCCCUCACUAACUUUAAGCGUCAGUUGUCAGAGCAGCUUACCGAUCACUGACCUGUACACAGCCCAUCUGAAAUUAGCCCACCCAACUACCUCAUCCCUAUAUUGUUAUUUAUUUUGAUAAUUUGCACCCCAGUAUCUCUAUUUGCACAUAAUCUUUUGCACAUCUAUCAUUCCAGUGUUAAUACGAAAUUGUAACUAUUUUGCACUAUGGCCUAUUUAUUGCCUUACCUCCAUAACUUACUACAUUUGCACACACUGUAAUAUAUUUUCUGUUGUAUUUUUGACUAUGCUUUGUGUACCCCAUAUGUAACUCUGUGUUGUUGUUUUUAUCGCACUGCUUUGCUUUAUCUUGGCCAGGUCGCAGUUGUAAAUUAGAACUUGUUCUCAACUGGCUUACCUGGUUAAAUACAGGUGAAAUAAAUAAUAAAUAAAUAAAAAUAUAGCUUGCCCUGUCCUCCUCACACCAUACACAUAAUUGUUUUAUGGCUCAACUCAGAAUCGUAAUCAAGGGACUGUUAUGUGUAAUUACUAUGUGUGGUGUCUGUGGUGUCAUCCUCACAGCUUUUAUUUAUCUGCAAAUACAGAAAUAAGGUUUAGGGGUGUUGGUCUGAAGUUGUACAUUCCAAAUUGUAAGUGGACUUUAUAAAUUGGGUGCGGCUGUCUAUGUAAACAAUUUGAAAUUGUAAACAUAGCAGAAAGAAAUGUAUCUAAUAAAUAAAAAGUAUUUCUCACACCUUGUUUUGGUAUCUAAAAGGUUUCGCAUUGACCAUUGUUUUGCAGGCAUUUAUUUUUUAAUUCACGGAUUAAUUAGUAACUCAGUACUCUUUAGUCUUAGGCAGGCAGAGCUGUGACUGUUCCCUCACAGUGCAAAUACAACUUUGGACUCAUUAUUCCUGCAUGUGUAUUAUGUCAGAUUCCCUGAGAGGGAGUGUUGAGGGAGUGUCUCUACAAUACUGCAUGCUUAUGUUUUCAAGUCAGGUCCAUUCAAAUGCAUUCAUUAUAAUGGAUACACAGUGGCUACAAGAUGUUGGGAUAUUUUCACCAGGACACAACUGUUGUUAAAGCUCAUAAUAUUUCAUCCAUCUUCAACAGUGGCAUAUUUUUUGUCAAAGAGAACUCAGAGAAACAUAAUAGUGACUAAUCAUCCUCGUCAGGUUGUGAUCAGUUGAUACAAUGUAUCACUGAGUGAUGGUUAUGCUGUGCAACAAUGUAAUAAUGUUGUCUGACAAUGUAUUUGCAACUCCAGUAUCAUCAUGACAGCUAAUCAACAUGCACCAAGACCACCAUAAUUGAUCCCAUUAGUAUGACUGUACCACAGAUGUAUUUGACUGUUCUAUCCGUUUGAAAACGAGGAGGGAUUUGGGAAUAUUCCAAGUAGUGACUUCAUUUCCCGUAGUGCAUAUGGGCGUUGGCUUCUGCACUCUAGUAAAAGGUGUGGCCAACUGAAAACUCUUGACAACUCUAGCUCAGGUAAGGCGAAACAGCUUUUUCUGAUAUUUUACAAAUUAGAAAACAUAAAAAUGUCACGCUGUUGUUCAAGUUUAGUGAAGUGCGUCAUUUAGCAUACUGUGACUAUUUUUUUAUCGACUUAAUCAGCAAGAAUUAGUUUCGUUUCAGCUCUCGCCAGAUGGGAUACAAUUUCCGAAAAUAUUGGUUGUAUUUAAAACCGUUAAAACGUACGCAAUUGAUUUAGAUUAUAUUCUGAUUAAAUGCCUAAAGUAACACACUUACCGUAGUUCUCGAAAACCCAUCUCCUUAGGGUUUUCACUGGUUAACUUCGCCCACGGCUGACUCCAUGUGAACUACAAUUCCGAAGCUGUGUUUUAACAUUUAGAAAUAUAAAUUAAUUAAUAAUAAAUUGGUCAUUUAGCAGACGCUCUUAUCCAGAGCGACUUACGGGAGCAAUUAGGGUUAAGUGCCUUGCUCAAGGGCACAUCGACAGAUUUUUCACCUAGUCGGCUCGGGGAUUAGAACCAGCAACCUUGUUUUGAAAUAUCAAUAAUCAUUGCUUGCGAAAGUGUUUUCGAAACAUAUGGCCCUUAUCUUUGAUAUCAGCGAGAUAUAAUCUUUCAAAAUAAAUAAGAUACACAUACUGUAGCAGAUUUGCACAGGUUUAUAAACUGUUUGCCUCCAGUUGAGGAACUACACUUCCACACAGGUGUUCGGCGCAUAUUAGCUAGCUAAUAGGUACAGGUGGUCACCUCUGUCUUCCAAAAACAAGUGCUUUAACAUAGAGAUAUGGCCGUGUGGGAACACUAACCCUUACCCUAUAAAGGUGUGUAGUAAAUUAACAAUUUUUUAAUGAUUUCUUGCUGAUAUGAAAGAUGUGUUCCUUACGUUUCCAAAACCAUACUGCAAGCGAUGCGUUUUAACUUCUAUAACAAGUGUCGGGGCUCUUUACAAAAGUUCCCCGGGAAGAAGAUACCGUCACCAACUGGCACUAGAGUUAGUGUCUAUGAAUGGGCUAAACUACCCGUACUGUGGAAUGUGCAACGUUGCACUGUCAAUGAAGAUGGAUUUGGAAUUGCUGUACAAAUUAGGCCUAUGCAGAGCAUAAUCACAAAUACAUUUAAAUCUAUGAAUUGUUACCCUACUCCUCCUCAGUUGUAGAAUAUCCGCUGCAAUGGCCAAUGUUUGGGUAAGUUACCAGAUAUCACUCUACUUUCUGUAAAGGAAAUACAAUUUUACUAAUUGUUUUAGAUGAUAAUUGUUGCUUAUGUAUUCACAUCUGUGCCACUUCUCUCCCUGGCCUGUGUUUGUUAGCUGGUUUCCAAGUACCUCGACUCCUCCACGGACUUUUUUUAAAUGAACCUCAAGACUCCUUCGAGUCGCUAUGCGUCGAUACUUAAAAAUAGUCAAUUGUUCAACCCUUAACAUGUACCUAUAUUUGUCCUAUCUUGCGUGCCAUUCUUUGUUUGCGGAAAUCCAUACUUGUUAAUCAAAUAUACAACCACGUUGCUCUAAAAUGGCAACUCGGUGUGAAUGCGCAUGUGCCAAUUUAAUCUUAACAAGGAAACAGUCGGUGGUUGUAUUUGAUAAAGUAUGGAUUUCAGCAAACAAAGGAAGGCAUGCAACAAAGAGGUUAAAAAAUAGGUACACGGUAAGGGUUUAAGAAUGUACAUUUUUGAAUUGUCGACGCAUAGUGAGUCGGAGGUUCAUAAAAAAAAAAAAACUAGUCUGCUCUCAACUCCGUGGAGGAUGACUGCUUGUCUUUUUUUGUUGUCAAUAAUGAUACUCUGAUGGUAAACUGUACAUUUCCUUUUCAGGGUGACUUGGAUCUCCUUUUGGAUUCACCUUCCUCUUUGACAGUAACGGUAGGCCUACUAAGUUGUUAUACUUUUAUUUCAACCAUGGGCUAACUAAGUACCUUAAUGUAAUAAAAAACGAGUUUCUGCUGUUUCUUGACAUGUUUUUCUGUUUCUCAGUCCACCGCCCGAGGAACCAUUAAAGAGAAAGCGGGAUUCAAAGCAGCAGAAGAUGUAGUUGCUCUACGGAAGGCCAUAGAGGGAAUCGGUAGGAAUAUCAAUCAGUCCACCAUACACUCUAAGCCAGGGGUGUCAAACUCAUUUUAGCUCAGGGGCCACAUGGAGGAAAAUCUAUUCCCAAGUGGGCCGGACCGGAAAAAUCAUGGUAUAUAUAUAACUUAAAAACAACAACUUCAGAUUGUUUUCUUUGUUUUAAUACGAUCAACAUACAACAUAAAGCUGGAGCCUGAGGACAGUGUGUCCAAAAUAGUACAAGCACAACAUCACUAUUAAUCAUAAAACACGUCAAGUUUAUUUGAAAAUUCUAAAGAAAAAGAACACACAAACACACACUGCCUCAGUGAUUAACAGAACUGUUUCACAGAUCACAGAACUAUAUCAGGGUGUCAUUUCUCAGGCAAAAAUGUAGAUACAAAUAAUGAAAUCCUGUUCCCCAAACAAGUGCAAGAACCACAGUCAAGAAUAGGUUAAAUAUACAAAUAAAAUAAAAUCAAUUAAAAACAAUAGCACAUCAACAUAAAAACAUAUAAACUUAAAUCUGAAAGCGUUGCUCAAACUCCUGUAACAGUCCCGUUAUUUUAUCUUUGAACCGCUUCAUGUCUGCCACAUGUUGGGUCGCGCACAAAUUUUUCAGACAGGGGAAGUGAGCUGCAUCACCACCGGCAAGUUGCGUCUCCCACAAUGACAGCUUCAACUUGAAAGAACGUAUGCUGUCAUAAUACUGCGUGACAACUUUGUUGCGCCCUUGCAGCUGUUUGUUCAAGUUAUUCAGGUGCUCUGUACCAUCCACCAUAAAUGCAAGGUCCUGCAUCCAUUCUGUGGAAUGAAAUUCUAACACUGGUUUGCCAUUUUCUUCCAUGAACUGUUCAAUUUCUUCUCGUAAAUCAAAGAAACGCCUCAGCACAGCACCUCGGCUUAACCAUCUUACCUCAGUGUGGUAUGGCAGGCCAUAGAUGUGGUCUUUCUCUCUGAGAAGGCUGUCAAACUGACGGUGAUUCAGGCUUCUGGAUCGGAUGAAAUUAACAGUUUGGAUGACCACCUUCAUGACGUUAUCCAUCUUUAAUGACUUGCAACACAAAGCCUCCUGGUGCAAAAUACAGUGAAAAGUCAAAAAAUCACGUCCUCCAUUUGCAGAUUGCACUUUCUCUCUGAACUUUGUCACAACGCCUGCUUUUUUCCCGAUCAUUGAGGGCGCACCAUCUGUAGCCAGGCUGACCCUGUCCAGCGCGCCGACGAGUGCGGUAAAAAUAUCAGCUGCUGUCGUUGUAUCUGUCAUCGGCACCAACUCCACGAACUCCUCGGUGACGGUCAAUGUGUCAUCAACUCCGCGGAUGGAAAUGGCCAGUUGUGCAACAUCUGUAAUGUCCGUGCUUUCAUCAAUUGCAACCGAAAACGCAAUAAAUGACUUUACUUUUUGCUUCAACUGGCUGUCCAAAUCCACUGAAAGAUCGGAAAUCCUGUCUGCAACUGUGUUUCUUGUCAGGCUGAUAUUUGCAAAAGCCUGCCGCUUUUCAGGGCACACAAUCUCCGCUGCCUUCCUCAUGCAUGUUUUUACAAAUUCACCCUCACUAAAUGGUUUUGAAGCCACUGCGAUUUCAUUAGCAAUGAGGUAGCUAGCUUUCACUGCAGUGUCACUGAUGUCUCGGCUGUGAGUAAACACAGACUGCUGUUUCUUCAGACCCGCCAACAGUUCAUUCACCUUCUCUCAUCUCCGCUGUCCUUGAAAGUUGUCAUAUUUGUCGGCAUGAAGACUCACAUAGUGGCGACGAAGGUUAUAUUCUUUCAGCACUGCAACAUGCUCUGAACACACCAAACAUACAGCUUUCCCAUUAAAUUCCGUGAAUAAAUAGGAUGACCAUUUUUCUUGGAACACUCUGCACUCUGCGUCCACUUUUCUCUUUUUUGACAGAGACAUAUUGGGGCAAUGAGGGUGCCAAAGCACAUAAUGUUAAAAGUAGAAGCCGUAAUAAAUAUCGCGGGCAAAACAAAGUAGCUCAUUGGCUGCACGUGCUUGACCUACUUGCUCUGCCCCGGUAUAAACAGUUUGCUUGCUUAACACAAUUGCUAUUGCGCCAUCCAGUGGACGCAAUUGGAACAGCAUAUUUUAUUGAAAAAUUGCAGCGCAUUUUUGUACUUUACAAAAUUAUUAUUAUUAUUUUUUUUAUCAUCUCGCGGGCCGGAUUAAACCCGUUUGCGGGCCUGAUCCGGCCCGCGGGCCGGACGUUUGACACCCCUGCUCUAAGCUCUUCACUGUACUCUACCACAUAUCAACCUAGAAAUAACUUAUUUGAUGCCGCAUGAUAUGAAUUUUCACUUUGAUAGGAAUUUUAAUGAUCCAUGUAGCUCAGUUGUUUCAGCAUGGCGCUUGCAACGCCAGGGUUGUGGGUUCGAUUCCCACGGGGGACCAGUAUGAAAAUGUAUGCCCUCACUACUGUAAGUCGCUCCUGUGUGUGUGUGUGUGUGUUCAUGCUCCCAGGUACCACUGAGAAGACCCUGGUUGAAGUUCUAACCGGGAGGAGCAAUGCCCAGCGUCAGCUCAUCUGUAAAGCCUACCAGGAAGCUACCAACAGGGUAAAACUAUCCCUCUACUACCCUAAAUAUUAGCAGCAUGAUAGUUUUUAUAGAAUUUAUAGAGAACAUCUUGUCCAGAUAUCUCUGAAUAUUGCAUGAGUCAAUAUCCAACCCUGAUGUUGCCCUGUUGAUGACCUUUGACCCCUCCCCCUCAGACGUUAGUGGAUGACCUGAAGGGGGACACCCAUGGGGACUUUGAGGACCUGCUGGUGGCUCUGGUCACCCCUCCUGCUCUUUUUGACUGUCAUGAGGUCAUCAGAGCCACCAAGGUAAGGGACAUCUAUCUGUAUCAGGUAACUAUCUGAUACCAAACAUUACUGUGUAAUUACCAUUUAUCAUGUACUUUGUGAAUACCUGCCUGUUACACACACAGGGUGCUGGGACAACUGAGGAGACUUUAACAGAGAUAUUUGCCUCAAGAUCCAACAAGCAAAUCAAGGCUCUAUCUGAUGCAUACUUAACAGGUUAGUAGAGUCUAAUUAAUUAUCUAAACUAUCUUAGUUUUAAAGUUGCACUAUGCAUAAAUGUUUGCUAAAGCUCAAAUAGUUAGCGUCAUUUCAGUUUGUGACAAAAUAAGCUAGUAUAGUGUAUAUAAUCAUUGUGCCAUCUAAACCACUGUGAAAUAUAUUUUCCAUAACAAAUAUUGUUGUAUCAGCUGUUUGAAGCUGGUGUACAAAACUGAAAGUAAGCAAAAACAAAAACUUAAGAAUGGGAAGCAUAGAAAUAGCUCACGUAGAACAGAUCUACAACUUCUUACACUUGCUUUAAAGUAGAAUGAUUGAUCUAUAACCUAUGUGAAUUUGGUUGGUUGCCCAAAAAGUUACAUAUUGCCACUUUAAUUGGUUGUCAACCAUCUAUUAGUUGAAUACUAAUAAGGUAUUGUAUUUGACCACAGAAACUGGGAGAGCGAUGACUCAUGACCUCAAGUCUGAGAUAUCUGGGGACUAUGCUACAACACUUCUCAUCUUGGCUGAGGUAAAAUGAGAACUUUAUUGUCCCCAGGGGGAAAUUGUCUUGGACAUACAAGUCACAGGGGUAUUUCUGUUUAAUAGGUUUUUCAGCUGCUUGUGAGCUGUAACUCUUAGAUUACUUUUUCAACCUUUCUGUUCGGUGUCUGUCAUUUUAAGGGAAAACGAGAUGAGAGUACGAAUGUGGACCCAGCUAAAGCUAAAGUGGAUGCUAAGGUACAGUGAGAUAUGAUGAAUUUGUCAACCAUGCUCAGUAUUUCACUGGUCUUGGUUUUAAACUUCCUGGGGAGUGACUCACUCAGACGUCCUGCCAAACACUUGUCAUCGUGAAGUGUGUACCUUAAUGUAAUUAAAUAUAUUGGUUUGUUCGUCUUCCAUAUUCUCUCUCUCUCAUGCCAAUGCAUGAUAGUGCCUAACAAGUACUGUGCUGUCUGUGUCCCUGUCCCUCCCCUCUCUAGGCCCUGUACGAGGCAGGAGAGAAGAAGUGGGGGACUGAUGAAAGCAAGUUCAUUGACAUCCUGUGUCACCGGAGUGUUCCUCAGCUGAGACAGAGUUAGUAACCUUGGUCUAGCAAAGCACUGUUGGACACAAUACUGUAAUCUAGUCUUCUGGAUGAUGAUGAUUUAGUCUAACGGGAUCCGUUUCUCUCCCUCCCCUUACAGCACUAGUGGAGUAUAAGGCCUUGAGCAACAAAACUCUACAGGAGAGCAUUGAGAGGGAGAUGUCAGGGAAUCUAGAGGAUCUACUGGUGGCUAUUGGUACGAAGGACUAAUCACAGUACUUGUUCGUCUGGUUGCCUAUCACUCUCAAAGAUGUCAUGCACUGUUCUGUUAUCGCUAACAAACCCUUUCACUUUCCAGUGAAAUGUGUGAAGAGUGUUCCUGCCUACCUGGCUGAGAGACUUUUCAAAAGCAUGAAGGUGAGCACAAUUCUUCUUGUUUAUGCAUUUUAAAAAUUGUUUUGUUUUUGAGGCAUCAUGCUGCUCAUGCACUAUUCUCCACCCACCGAGCCCAACAGAUUACAAGGUCAUAGUGCAUGGUGCCUAGCCUGAUGUCAGAUCUGUUUGUGCUGCCUUGGCAACUCCUAUGGUCAUUUUCAUGCCAAACUGCACAUUAAUGGCCAUCUGAUUUUACAAGACGGCCCGAACAGAUCUGGGACUGUUGUCCUUUUUUUGCAUUUCUUCAAAUGUGCUUACAUGUUUUUUCUUUUCAUGGCAUCAUGCAGACAUGGCAUUUCUUCUAAUCCAGUGGGUUCCAGUGGUGUAGAAUGUUAAUCUGUGGGGUUUUGGGAUUAAUCCAGUGGUUUUGUGUCCAGGGUGUGGGGACCACAGAGUCCACUAUGACCAGGAUAAUGGUUGGCCGCUCGGAGAUGGACAUGCUGGACAUCAGGGCAGAGUUCAAAAAGCUGUUUGGCUGUUCUCUCUACUCUACCAUUAAGGUAUGUGCCGGUAAAUCUGGCUGACUGGUAACAUACUUAUCCCAUAGAAAAUUGACCCCAAGAAAUGUAGCUAUCUUUUACAGGAUGAUUGUUUUGACCAAUUAGUUACAGUGCACUUUUUCCACAUUUUGUUACGUUACAGCCUUAUUCUAAAAUGGAUGAAAUUGUUUUUCCCUCAUCAAUCUACACACAAUACCCUUUACUAAGUACUUUGUUGAAGCACCUUUGGCAGCGAUUACAGCCUCUAGUCUUCUUGGGUGUCACACUACAAGCUUGUCACACCUGUAUUUGGGGAGUUUCUCCCAUUAUUCUCUGCAGAUCCUCUCAAGCUCUGUCAGGUUCGAUGGGGCGCGUCGCUGCACAGCUAUUUUCUGGUCUCUCCAGAGAUGUUUGAUCGGCUUCAAGUCCGGGCUCUGGCUGGGCCACUCAAUGACAUUCAGAGACUUGUCCCGAAGCCCCCCCCCCCCCACAGCAUGAUGAUGCUGCUGCUGCCACCACCAAGUCUGCCUACCCAUGUGAGAGACGCAGACUCGGUCUCAACCUUUAAGUCUUUACUGAAGACUUAUCUCUUCAGUAGGUCAUAUGAUUGAGUGUAGUCUGGCCCAGGAGUGUGAAGGUGAACGGAAAGGCUCUGGAGCAACGAACAGCCCUUGCUGUCUCUGCCAGGCCGGUUCCCCUCUCUCCACUGGGGUUCUCUGCCUCUAACCCUGUUACAGGGGCUGAGUCACUGGCUUGCUGGUGCUCUUUCAUGCCAUCCCUAGGAGGGGUGCGUCACUUGAGUGGGUUGAGUUACUGACGUGGUCUUCCUGUCUGGGUUGGCGCCCCCCCUUGGUUUGUGCUGUGGUGGAGACCUCUGUGGGCUAUACUCGGCCUUGUCUCAGGAUUGUAAGUUGGUGGUUGAGGAUAUCCCUCUAGUGGUGCGGGGGCUGUGCUUUGGCAGAGUGGGUGGGGUUAUAUCCUUCCUGUUUGGCCCUGUCCGGGGGUUUCUUCGGAUGGGGCCACAGUGUCUCCGGACCGCUCCUGUCUCAGCCUCCAGUAUUUAUGCUGCAGUAGUUUAUGUGUCGGGGGGCUGGGGUUAGUUGGUUAUACCUGGAGUACUUCUCCUGUCUUAUCCAGUGUCCUGUGUGAAUUUAAGUAUGCUCUCUCUAAUUCUCUCGUUCUCUCUUUCUCUCUGAGAACCUGAGCCCUAGGACCAUACGUCAGGACUACCGGGCAUGAUGACACCUUGCUGUCCCCAGUCCGCCUGGCCUUGCUGCUAUUCCAGUUUCAACUGUUCUGCCUGCGGUUACGAAACCCCUACCUGUCCCAGACCUGCUGUUUUCAACUCUUAAUGAUCGGCUAUGAAAAGCCAACUGAGAUUUAUUCCUGAUUAUUAUUUGACCAUGCUUGUCACUUAUGAACAUUUUUUGAACAUCUUGGCAUGGUUCUGUUAUAAUCUCCACCCGGCACAGCCAGAAGAGGACUGGCCACCCCUCAUAGCCUGGUUCCUCUCUAGGUUUCUUCCUAGGUUUUGGCCUUUCUAGGGAGUUUUUCCUAGCCACCGUGCUUCUACACCUGCAUUACUAGCUGUUUGGGGUUUUAGGCUGGGUUUCUGUACAGCACUUCGAGAUAUUAGCUGAUGUAAGAAGAGCUAUAUAAAAUUGAUUGAUUGAUUCACUGUAGGGAGAGUGCCAGUUUUCCUCCGGAUGUGGCACUUGGCAUUCAGGCCAAAGAGUUCAAUAUUGGUUUCAUCAGACCAGAUAAUCUUGCCUUUUGGCAAACUCCAAGCGGGCUGUCAUGUGCCUUUUACUGAGGAGUGUCUUCCAUCUGGCCACUCUACCAUAAAGGCCUGAUUGGUGGAGUGCUGCAGAGAUGGUUGUCCUUCCAGAAGGUUCUCCCAUCUCCACAGAGGAACUCUAGCGCUCUGUCAGUGACCAUCGGGUUCUAGGUCACCUCCCUGACCAAGGCCCUUCUCCCCCGAUUGCUCAGUUUGGCUGGGCGGCCAGCUCUAGGAAGAGUCUUGGUGGUUCCAAACUUCUUCCAUUUAAGAAUGAUGGAGGCCACUGUGUUCUUGGGGACCUUCAAUGCUGAAGACAUUUUUUGGUACGCUUUCCCAGAUCUGUGCCUCGACACAAUCCUGUCUCAAAGCUCUACGGACAAUUCCGUCGACCUCAUGGCUUGGUUUUUGGUCUGACAUGCACUGUCAACUGUAGGACCUUAUAUAGACAGGUGUGUGCCUUUCCAAAUCAUGUCCAAUCAAUUGAAUAUACCACAGGUGGACUCCAAGCAAGUUGUAGAAACAUCUCAAGGAUGAUCAAUGGAAACAGGAUGCACCUGAGCUUAAUUUCGAGUAUCAUAGCAAAGGGUCUGAAUACUUAUGUAAAGAUAUUUCAGCUUUUUAUUUGUAAUAAAUGUGCUAAAAUUUCUAAACCUGUUCGCUUUGUCAUUAUGGGGUAUUGUGUGUAGAUUGAUGAGGAAAACAAUUAAUUUAAUCAAUUUUAUAAGGCUGUCAUGUGGAAAAAGGCAAUACUUUCCAAAUACACUAUAACUGCUGAUUUAUUUUAAUGACUGCGGAAUUCAACAUGAUUGGAAUUGAUUUAUUUCCAACCGUACCUCUAUCCUGUGAUUGGUCAUUUGGUCAACCAAUCUGAUCUGCAUGCGAUUGCGAAUGAGACCUUUAAUUGUGAUUUUGGGAAUUUUAUGUGGCAUUUUAUUUAUUGCGUGGUCAGUCGUAAGUGUCCAGUAACGUGCUGAAGAUUCUCUGUGGAGGAAAUAGCGAUCGACUCCGCCCCCUGCCUGAGUUGCUAAACCCGCUUCCAGUGGGAGGAGUUACCCGCAGGAUACUCUCUGAUAAGCAUCGCUACUCUGCUUACCUCCGUCCCAUGUUUCACCUGCUGCUGCCCCAACCCUGUUUCUGCCUCCGAAUGACAAACCUCUGAGUGAUAUAUGAGACUGCUAUUCUGUUAUUUAGAGCGCAGCUUCACUCACUGCAAUCAGUACCACUUUCCCUUGCUGCUUCAAUGGACCAUUUCACAUGUCUAAGGUCCGGAUCAAUAAGUCCUGUUAAUAGGAUCUGUGAAAUUGAUCAUACUCUGUAUCAUAGCCAUGUAACAGUACUCUCCAUCCCUGUGUUCAAUUGUAGUCUGAUACUGCUGGAAGUUAUGGACAAGCUCUGCUGAAGCUGUGUGGUGAAGACGACUGAUAUUAAAGUCCUGUCUACUCGGCAUUGAGGAGCCUCCCACCGAAGGAUCAUAACAAUGUGAAGGCUGCAGUGUACUGCACAGGUUAGAUUUGUUAUAGACACACUCUCUGUGUUAUCCUGAAAAACAUGGAUAUAUGUUUGUUUCAAUGUUCACAAAGUUUGACAUUGGGAUGUGUAACCUGGAACACGUAACGUCUUCAGACAACCCAGCCCAGACACAUUCCAGGAUUCCUUAGCCAGAGUCACCUAUUUCUGUUAGAUGUAUUUCCAACUUUUACAUUCCUGAAUGCAUUUUAUUAGGACAAACCUUUAUUGGUAUACUUGCAUAAGUAUUAUCCAAAUUAUUAUAGAUAUCAGGAAGGAAGGUAUUCAAUCUGUUCUUGUAUGAGAAGUAGUAUUAAAACAGUUUACUAACA